GCGAGGGAUGCCAGAGUGCUUAGGCAGUGCAUGGACAGAUGCAGACUGAGAGAAGACGGCGGCGAAACCAGCCGCACAUUUACGGUGGCGAUGCUGUGCGGUUGUGACACAUCCUCCCAGGGGUGAUGGGCUCUAAGUUGACCAGACAGAGAAGUCUCGAUUUUGAUAGCAAAUUGUCAAAAAGGAGACGCCAGAGGAAUGAUAUUCCUGGAGAGAGCGAGAGGAGUGGCGGCAGGAGCGGAGACUUCUUGUUUACCUCCCUGAUGCUCAAGUCCGACAAGCUUCCAGGGAUGCUGCGGAAAACCAACCACAGCCCAUAUGUCAGGCGGGUGGCUUGGGUCCGGGAAAUCCAGAGGCUUCUCCGGGAGCAGAAGAUGGAGCAAGCGGCCGAAGUGCUGAAAGUGCUGAGAAAGGAUUUGGGACUUCAGGGAACAUCACUCAAUGACAUUUUGUACAAAAAUGCAGCGUUUCUAAACCUGGUGGACCCCAUUUCCCAUGAAUUGCUGCUCAGCCUUGCCCGGGACCUGCAGUGUCCAAAAAGGGAGACUGACUCGUUCAAGUCUACUAACAAGAUAUGUCGCCAGCUGAUUUACCACCUGACCCCUCACUCCAAGUGGACAAGACAGAGCGUGCCCAGGAGAAAGUCCCAGGCCUGCCUGAAGACCACACUGAAAAAGAAGCUUUCGGGAGAUGUGGUCAACCUGUCGGGAAUCCCGCUCUCCGGCCGGGAUGUCCACCGCGUGGCCUUCUACCUUCAGAGCAGCAGUGACAUGGUGUCCGCCGUAGACCUGAGCUUCACUGAACUGCAGGACGACAGCUUACGCAUGCUGCUGCCCUACCUCAGCUGCUUGCCGAAACUCACCAUACUUGCUGUUAAUGGCAACCGUCUGACAGCGGCCAUCCUGAAAGACCUGACAGAUGUAAUGAAGGAGCCCAAGAAGUUCCCCACGCUGGCCUGGAUUGACUUGGGGAACAAUGUGGAUAUCUUCACCAUCCCGCAGCCGCUGCUCGUGGCGCUGCGGCGCCGCUUCGGUUUACGCAGCAGCCUCCCCACCAUCUACGAGUACAGUGAGGCGCAGGCAUUCGGUAGCUAUAACCCGAACAUGGAGACCUCUGUGGAGGAGCCUAGUCUGUACGAGGAGGGAGAUAUAGUAGAAGAUGAUAGAGAGGAGGAGGAGGAAGAGGACAGACUGGAGCUUCAAGCCUGGGGCUUUGGAGAAGAAAGCAUGUCAAAAAACGUGCCGGUGCACUUCUGUGGGAGGUGAUCGCCCAGAGCUGCUUUCUUUUUGACUGGCAGCCUUGCAUAUCCCUCUGUAUCACCUUGCUCCUCCUGCGUUAGCUGAUGUCAGUGUGGUAGAAGAUGCUUACAGUGACCCACACGUUUCUGAAAAUAACUUUAAAAUAAGUAAAUGUGCUGUGUGUCCCUCUGGAUGCUCUGACUACUGAAAUUAAAUGUGAGAAUAUGUUUAUGGACUGAUUUAUCCUUCAUUUAUCCAGGGGAGUCUGAACUGAUCCAGCUUCCAGCGCUUCAUCUUACUGAAGUUGUGUGCUUGUCCCACUUGGAAGCUGGAGCAGCUGUGGAUUAAGUGCCUUGCACGAGGGCACAUCAGCAGUAGCUGCUGAGGAAGAGGGGAGUGUUAUUAAUUCACUUUCUCUAAGCACAUCCUUUCUUUUUUCCAUUUCUUACCUGAAUAUGUCAGGGUCUGAUAUAUAUGUAAUUAACUAUAUAUCCUGCAUAGGAAACACUUAAGAAACAGGAACAUUUAACUUACUUAGAGAAGAAAGAGUGUGGAAAGUAUAAGCAACAAGUUGACUGUAAUGAGUCGUUCAUCAGCACUCCUGAUCCAAGACUGUACACUGGGUAAUUAUUCACUAGAGCCAGCUGGAGACACUAUAUUAGUGAUUCGUUCGUAACUAUCCAUAAAGUGAGGAGUUUGAUUGAAACACAAAGUGACAGAGUAGUCAUGAGGAACUGCUGAGGCCACACAGACAGAGUAACAAAUGUUAAAUAUUAAUUAGAUUUUUAGUAAUGAAUAAGCAGUUAUUGUUUUGGGUUGAUGAAUAUUUGGAUCAGAGUUGAUGAAUUUAUGUAUGAUUAUGAACCAGUCCUCCUCCUCCUCCCCCUCCUCCAUCCCACCCAAUCCCUAACAUCCUGUCACACCAACCCUCUGCAAUUACUCCUUCACUACAUCUUUGAAUCUCUUUUGUGGUUUUCCUCUUUUCCUCCUCCCUGGCAGCUCCAUCAUUAGCAUCCUUUGUCCAUUAUCUCCACUAUCCCUCCUCUGCACAUGUCCAAACCAUCUCAGUAUUGCCUCUCUAACUUUGUCUCCAAACUAUGAGUACCACCAUCUCCAAGUCAUACACCACCGCAGGUCUCACUACCUUCCUGUAAACUUUCCUUUUGACUCUCGCUGCUAUCCUUCUGGCACUUAUCUCCACCCUGCCUGCACUCUCUUCUUCACAUCUCUUGUGCACUACCUCUCUGUUUGGAUGGUUACCCCCAGGUGUUUCACCUAAUGACACACUAAUAUAGUAUUUUCCAGCUGGUUCUGUAGGAAGGAAUUGUCAGAGGUUCGGGUGGGAGAGCACUGAUGAACGACUGAUUACAUAUUGGUUCAUUCCUGAGUCAUUCCUCUCUUGUUCUAACCAAGCAAGUUUUUUUUUCUGCCCUUUAUUGUAAAAUCUUAGAGCUUUUUAGCGAUAUGUAUGUUUUAUCUGGAAAUAAAUUAAAGUAAUUCUGUUUUCAUUAAAUAUGAUUUCCGUUUUGCUACAGCUGGGACUCAGGAGUUCUGUUUUUUUAAUCGAUCAGUUAUGAUAAGCUAAUAAAGCAUACUGAAUGAUGCUUCAAGUCCGUGCCGAUGUGCCGACGGAAGCCCUGAUGCACGCAUGGACACAUGCUGGCAGGAGCACACAGAGUUUGUGAGCUGCUGAUGAACUGGUUACUGCCUCUAUCAGGGCUCGUUAUGCCCCUUCAGUCAGAGACGGUGUACAGAGGAUCUAUUUUUUUCUCAGCAAAUAGGACUGUAGCCCCAGAUCAUUUCGUCCAAUGGCGAUCACCGUUUAUGAAUCAGACAACAACAAACGAGAAGGAAACCGCCUAUUUUGAAGAUGUUCUCACAGUUUUGUAGACUACAAGCAGUUCUGCUUUUUCUUUCCCUUUCUGCUGUUACGCUCCCACGGACAGAUCGGAUUUUGUUGUGGCAUGAGUUUUGUUUGUUUGUUUUUAUAUAUAUGGGUGGCUGCCACCCUUUUGUAUUGGUUUUAACAAGUGGGCAUGACUGUUUACUGUAACACAGCAUCAGAACCCGCAGACAGAUAGCAUCUACGUGUGCACUACAUUUCAAAUUCUUUUGAAUGGGGAGGUUGAUGAUUUUUUUUUUUAAACUGCUGUCUGUGAAUACAGCUCACACUUUAUCCUACCAGUAUUAAUGUGGUCUGUUCUCUUUCAGUGCUGUUAUUCAUGAAAUUCAGAGUAUUUGUGUUUACAGGGGGACAUUAAUGAAAUGGAUCCUUGGCUUUUGUGUGUCUGUGAGAUGGUAAUUAGACUGUGUGCAUGAGUGUUUUGAACAUGCAGAGUAAAUUACUACCUUUGAUCACAGAAAUGAAAUGUUUACUCACUUGCGCAACUCCGUCCCUGAAUUUGCAAUCGUUCCUGUUUUUAUUGUUGAUAUAAAAAUAAACGAGUGACUCAGCUGCAUAGCAGAAAUGAAAAUCUGUCCACAUCCUCGAUUUGAUAGAUAAGACGUUGACCUUCCUGGAAAUUCACUGCGGUAAAGUCGUUUGAAAGUUUACUCAAAUGUGACUUUGGCUCGCGAGCCUGCUGUUCCUUCAGAAGUAAACACAGUUUGAAUAACAUUUCCCUUUUGUGGACUUGUUUCUCGCUAAAGUGGGAAAUAAUUCUGUUUGGUGAAGCAUCUGGAUCGCUCUGCUUACAUAGUUUGUCUCCUUAAGAAGAAGGAGAGCGAUCGCCCUUAUUUACUCUGAUACUAGUCAUUCCUUUACCGUGUACCCACAUCCAUCCACGCUGACUUUGUCAAGCUGCAGUUUUGACAGCUCGCUUGUCUAGUUUAGAACAGGGGUGGAAAAUCGAAACAGGGCACUCAUGGGAGCGUGUGACCAGUAUAACCACUGGUUCGUUAACACAAAGGACCGGUUUCACACCAUAAACAUUCAUUCGUUACUCUGUAGAAACACUAAACAGUCUCUCUUUGUUUUAAGCCUGCCAUGGGAAAACAUACCCACAUUUCUGUUUUUCAGGUUUUACCGGUGCUUUAUACUCUGUCAGUCUUAUAACUGGGAAAUUUACUCAUCUGACUGGAAAGAUGUGUGUCAGAUCUAUGGGGGCAUAAGGUAUAUUUGAUGUUUGUAUUUUUAUGACAUGCAUGUAUAUAUAUAUGCUUUAAAGAGAUAUAUUCCUCCCACCACAAGUUGCACCUAAGUCACUCUGCCUGGAAAGCACAUGUGUACUCUCAUUCAUCAGGAAUACUUUAAACAUUUUCAAGGGGCUCCAAUUUCAGCAGCUGGUUUCCAUGUCAGUUUUUAGUGCUGCGUAGAGAUGAGAACGGUUCCUUGUACGGGCCUGUCAGAGGCACCACCAUAUCAACAUCCUGAUGGCUAGUUGUGGCUCUGCUUGCAAGGCAUUUUUAUGUUUGCAGGAGCAGAGCCUGAGGCUGUCCAUCUGUGAUUCCUGUCUGUCCCUCUAAAGGAAACACGGGAGUUUCAGAUAACAGAGGAUGUUGUUCUGGUUUGUAGAGGACGCCGAAACACUAUGCAGACAUUUACAGAAAGAAAGAAAGUGUACUUUAUUGAUCCCCAUGGGGAAAUUCCU